AUGUUCAUCAAAAGGGCGAAAUCACGUCCAUCUCUCCGGGCCCGUGACUCUGACCUUCCUGAGUCAUCCACCGCCGGUGGCUCGCCUUUGGCGAAAAGCAGCGUUACCGCAGAAGAUGGAGACGUCAGUAUGGACGUUGAUCCGGAUGAGUCCAGCGGUAGUAUAAUGGCGAAGAAGAAAGCUCAGAAGAAAGAUAAGAGGAAAGACGGUAUAAGCGGCAAGCCAAAAAGUAGAUUGAGUUUUGGUGGAGCAGAUGAAGAGGAAGGUAGUGAAGGAGGAAACACACCUUUUAAGCCUAAGAAAAGUUUGUUGUCUCAACAAAUCAAAUUACCUGAUACACCUUCUUCAACCGGAUCUGGUACACCUGCUUCCACCAGUCAAAAUAGUAUUAAUGGAAUAUAUUCUCGAGAAUAUCUGUCCCAGCUCAAAGCAUCUACUCCUACACGAGCACCGCGGACGACAGAAGUGGAAGAUGAAGGUGAAGAAGAUGUAGAUUCGAAUGGACUCAGUAAAGUAGCUAGAGAUAAAUACGCAUCAACGAUUAUAGAAGAUACAACAGCUGGAAUACCGGAUACAGCCGCUAUAUCAGCUGCGAAAGCCAAACGUCAAGCUGCUUUAGAAAGCUCCAAACAUGGUGGAAUAGGCGAAGACUAUAUUUCACUUGGAGGAGGUAAAUUAGCUGUUUAUGAUGGAGAUGCUGGUCCUCAUCCCGAAAGUAGAUUAAUGAGAGAGGAAGAUGAAGAAGGUGAUGGAGACGAAGAUAUGGCCGAAUAUACAGAAGCCAAAGAUAAGCUGUUUUUAGGUCGAGAUGCUAAUCGAGCUGCCGCAAGGAGGCUGAAAGGUGAGAUAGGAGAAAUGAUAGCAGAUCGUGAAGCGGAAGAUGAGGACGAUGAAGAGACUCUAGAAUGGGAGAGGGCUCAAGCCCAAAGAGCUGGCAGAUGGGAAGAUGAGAAACCCCAAAAAUUGGUGAAGAGGGCAUACAAGGCAGCUCCAAUACCGAAGGCUCGACCUAUACCGACGAUAUCAUCCGCUCAAUCUCGCUUAGCGAAAUCCCUAGCCGACCUAGAACUCAACAAAUCCACGCAUGAACGGAACGUGGAGAAUGUCGCUAGAGACCUAGCUUCUCUUGAAAAGGAUGAAAGGGAACUUAGGGAGGAGGUCGAAAAAGUUGAGGGGAAGAGAGAAUGGGUUGAGGAGUUUAAGAAUUGGGUUGAAAUGCUUGGUGGAUUUUUGGAAGAAAAAUUCCCAAAAUUGGAGAAGAUCGAAUCUGACUCCAUGGGUCACUUCAAAGAACGUGCGGACAUGAUCAAUUCUCGGAGAUCAGCUGACGAUAGUGAUGAUCUCGCUUUGUUUUUGGGUGUUGCUGCUCCACUUGAAGAAGAAGAUCAGAAAGAUGAAUUUGGACGAUCAGUGGGAUCUGAAGCUGGACCAAGUUCUGUACGUCGCAGAACUCGUCGAGACGAGCGAAUGGCUAGACGAAAUAAACGGGGAGCCAAGUCUACUAGGGCGGUUAAGGACGAAGAGGGAUUUUCUACAGACUCAACUUUAGCAGAAGGAGAUCAAGAAGAUUAUUCCGUUGCUCAGGUCAACCUCGAAAGAAGAGUUCACGCAUUAUUGGACGAUGUGAAAGCUGAAGAUUUCCGCGAUCCCGAAAAAGGACUCGCGCUGCGCUUCGGAGGAUGGAGAAAGAAGUACGAAGAAGAAUACGUGAAUGCUUUCGGAGGAUUGGCGUUAGUCCAGGCAUGGGAGUUUUGGGCAAGGGGCGAAAUGGUCGGCUGGGAACCACUAAGAAGCAACAAGAGCUUAGAUUCAUUCACAUGGCUGCACUCUUUACAUCAUUACUCACAUCCCCCUUUACCGAGCACAGGAAACCAGGAGGAAGAUGAUAUGGAUUUAGACGAUGAACCACCAUUAGGCCCGGAUGGAGAUCUCGUAGCGUCGAUGGUAUCAUCAGCUGUUGUACCUCUGCUCACCAAAGCGUUUGAGGCCGGAGUGUACGAUCCGUACUCGGCUGCACAAACAAGGAGGGCGGUAGAUUUAGUAGACGUAGUAAGAGAGAUGAUGGGGAAAGAUAGCAGAAAGUACACUGCUUUGCUCAAAGCUGUGUUGGGUGUAUAUCACGAACACCUCUUAAAUCUCUCAUCGACAAUCGCAUCGAUCACCGCACCGAACGCCAUACCUCCUCCAGGGUUCGAUCCUGCGUCACGACCAGCGAUGGAGAGAUUCGUAGCACGUCGUAUCAAGCUGAUCAAACAUAUGGCCCAAUGGCGGAGGGAAGCACCGCAAGAAACGAGGGAAUUAGUCAUUAGGCUCGUGGGAGAAGUAUUGCGACCUGUGAUAGGUAAGGCAUGGGACGGGGGAGGUAGGGAAAUGGCUGCGAAGGUUAUGAUUGCGUCGACAGGCUUGAUCAGUCCUGAUUUGGUAGGAUGGCUUCAACAAGGUCCAGGAAGUCGCUGGUAG